UUCAUUGCAGGAGACGCGUGCUUUUCUGUCUGAUGGGUCGGGCCUCGGGGCUGGGGCCAUGGCGACGACGGCGGCGACGACAAAGACUGUGGCGGCGAACGACGCGGUGGAAGGGGAUGCUCUGGUGGAGUUCCCGGUGGAUCCGGUAGUCAGCCUGGUAGGUUGCCUAUCUUCCAAAAUGCGAUACGUGUGGCGGCGCCGGAUCUCGAUGGAGGGAGCGAGGUGAGUAGCCGUCGGGACGAUGUGGCUCCGGAGUCUUCCGUGGCUGCGCCUGCGGAAUCGGGUGAAUCCGGAUCCAAGAGCGCGUGAGAUUAGGAGGUUAUGGACAAUCUUGGGAUCACAGAAACACCGGAGAGCCAUGUAGUAACUAAUAAAACCGUGGACACAACAAACUAGAAAUAUUUUGCCAGAUGACCUGAACCACUACCAGCAGGACCAGAUCAACCGCAUGUCACUAACAUUUCGGCACAGCAGAAUGUAUGUUAAGGCAUUGGAGCUGGUUCGACUUUGGGAUGCAAGUGUAGAGGCGUAUGGAACUGUGAUGUGCCUUUUCGAGCAUAACUGCCGGUGAUGGUUCCAUUCAACAAGUGUCUUGACGGGCUGGGACUUGAGGACCGGGCUGGCAGCAAGAAGGUGACAGAAGCCGGCACUGAAUGAGGAAAAGAAAGUGCAGCUCCUGAUGAUAGACUGUAGGGAAGCGUGAACCCUCUCUUUGGUUUAACGACACCAAGCAAGAAGAGAGCUGCUGGCAGACCAACAAAUGCAUGGGGCAAAGCUCCUUUCUAGGGAUGAGCAAGAGAUCUAGGUUUUGCAGCAUUUGCAAAACCCAGAGCCACAAAAAAAAACUGCGGCCGCGGAAACGCCUCGCCAACCUGCUGCGGUCUCGCCGAGCGACAUGCCGCGCCAAGGGCCUCGCGUCGGUGACCCGUCCAUGCACCCAGAGGAGGGGAACGUGGUGAUCGUCACCACGCCGGACAUGGAGGCCAACGCGGCGUCUCUGGUUUCCCUGGGCGCGUUCAUCUGGCUCGGGGGGAACAUGCUCUCGGUGAGCGAUGCUGAGAUCCAAGAAGCCAUCCCUGAAGAUAUCUUUGCUCUGUUCGAUUUUCCGCAUCACCGCGACAAGGUCACGACCCCGGGGCGUUUUCGUCACAACGGCCUGGACAUCCACUCCUCCAACUGGAGGCUGGACGCCCACUGCGACGUGGUUCAGGCCAACUACCACGUCUACCUCUGCAUCGAAAGCACCCCGCUGAACGCGUGGUCAGAGUCCGUCGCUGCUCAAGUGCUUGGGCCGGAGACAUUCAUCCACUACUUCAACAUCGCAAAUCUUCGUCAAGAGGACGCCACCUGCAUCAAGCUUUGGGCGUGGUCUGCGAACCCCUCCUCCAUCCCCAAGGUCCAGAACGUGACCAUUGCUUGACACGUGGCUACUGGUGUGGGUGGUGCCCCAUCCUCGGCCAUUGGGCAUGGUGGCAUCCGCCGACGAGCAUUGUGCAUCUCGACAGGCUUGAAGACUACACACCGGAUAGCGCCGGCAACAUCCCCCGUCGACCGCACACCGACCCGUUCACUUAGCGUUUUGGUGUGGUGGACGGCGAGUCAAGGCCGCAGGACAGGCAUGAAUGGCUCCCUCGCCGUCGUGAUGAUGACGAUUGCCAUCGCCGAGAUGAUGACCGAGACAGGGACGACCGGCAUGGUCGUGACAAUGACAGGUCAAGGACCUCCAGCUCUUGGCGUGAUCGCUUCUUCCAUAGCCGAUCGUGUGCGCUUGAUCGGCGCGCCGAGGAGGAUCACGGUCGUGGUUCUAAGACUGACAGUAGAAUGGGGGUAGGUAUGAGGAGGCAAGAUCCCAGCUAUGGUGAAGUUGUACACACAAGAUUUACGAGUUCAGACCCUUCA